AUGACCAAAGCCAUACGGGCCAAUGCACAGGCAGCUGCACCUCAACGGCAACAGUCUGGUUUGUAUAGCCCUGAUGAUGGUUUCGAUCAGACACUGACAGCUGAUCGCAGCACCGGCCCCAACUACCCAGCCUGUGCAACGCUCAUCUCGACGGACAGCGCAACAAUCUACACCACGAUGGGAUCAGUCAACUUCGCUUCACAGUGGACAGUCGCGUACUGCGAUGUCUCGUCAUAUGUGCUCGCGAUAGAAUACACCUAUGAGUCGUAUGUCACCGCAACCACCACCAUAGCACCUGCCGGCGUCACCUUCACUUUCGCACCACCAACGCCGACGAAUGUGGCCACCACCACAUCCAUCGCACAAUCCACAUCAACCAGCGCGGCCCUCCGCACUCUCCCCAGCCGAUUGCUCCUGUACACCAUCAGCAUGAUGGGUCUCUUCGGUGGUCUUCACUAG